UGCACGGGGUGUUCUAGGGAUGGCUAAGGGAAAGGGUGCUGGGCAAUGAUCCCUCCUUUCAGUAUAGAUUGCAGUUUACCUUAGGCAGCGACAUUAUUGUUUUGUCAGGGGGAUGCACGUGUCAUAAAUAGUUCGGUUUUAUAGAGGGUAGUGGAUGCAUGUUUAGCAAAGCGAUGAGGCCAAUGCACUUUGCAAGACUUGCGCUGCAGAGAGCCUCCGCGGAUCCCACGACCUGUUGCUGACAAGCCGGGGGAAAGGAGAGGGAGAGGGAGAGGGAGAGGGGGAGCCGCUCGGGAGAGACAGGGUACUGCCUUGGAGACGACAGCCUUGGGUUCUUCGCGGAGGGAAUCAUGCAGUUUGCAAUCUGGCUGCUUGGACUAACGUGUCACCUGUCAGCGCUUGUCCGGGACACUUUGCAACACCGAUUGCAUCCGAAACAAGAAAGCUUCAUUAAGCAGCUGUCAUCGUAUGAAAUCAUCACCCCGCUCCGUGUAAAUGACUUUGGAGAAUCAUUCCCCCACAAAUUGCACUACAGAAGGAGACGGAGAAGUUUAAAUGGUGACCUGUCGGGAUUACGGGUUUGCUACAUGAUUGAUGCAUUCGGGGAACGCUUUCAUCUCAACCUGACCGCAGACUCCGGCUUCAUCGCCCCCUCAUACAGAGUGACACACUUGGGAGGAGAAGAGAGCAACUCCACGGACAGACACUUCGAUGACCCGGGCGAUAUGCGCCACUGCUUUUUCCGUGGACAAGUCAACGCCGACACUGAGUACCCGGCAGUCUUCAGUCUGUGCACCGGCCUUAUUGGAACAUUUACGACACAACACGGUGAAUACUUCCUGGAGCCUCUUUUAAAUGCUGUGGGGGAGGACUAUGACGAAGAGCACAUGAAACCUCAUCUCGUCUAUCGACAUGAGAGGAAGAAGAACAUCUCGCAUACUGGCAAAAACACAGAGCCCUGUGCUGCCUCAGAGAAUUCCAAGAGGCCAGUUGCUUUUAAGAGCACUGGGGGUAUGGGAGAGGAGCUGGACUCUCUCAGAGCCACCAUAGAUGAUCAACACAUUUAUGACAACAACUCCACCAGCACGCACCACACAUCCUCACACAGACGCAAACGCUUCCUCUCCUACCCUCGCUACGUUGAGCUGAUGGUGACAGCGGAUGCCAAAAUGGUGCGUCACCAUGGACGCAACCUAGAGCACUACAUCCUAACAAUCAUGUCAGUAGUAGCAGCAGUGUACAGGGACCCCAGUGUAGGAAACCUCAUCAACAUCAUGAUUGUCAAGCUAGUCGUUGUCCACAAUGAACAGGAAGGGCCCACUGUGAGCUUCAAUGCUGCCACGACUCUCCACAACUUCUGCGUCUGGCAGCAGAGCCAAAACGUCCAGGAUGACAGCCAUCCCACUCACCAUGACACAGCACUCCUCAUCACCAGGGAAGACAUCUGCCGUGCAAAAGAUAAAUGUGACACUUUAGGGCUUGCAGAGCUGGGGACAAUGUGCGACCCGUACCGAAGCUGCUCCAUCAGUGAGGAAAAUGGAAUUAGUGCCUCCUUCACCAUCGCUCAUGAGCUGGGCCAUGUGUUCAACAUGCCUCAUGAUGACAACCCAAAGUGUCGGGAGGCAGGCAUGAAGCACCAGUAUCAUGUCAUGGCUCCCACCCUCAACUAUGACACCAAUCCCUGGUCAUGGUCCAAGUGCAGCCGCAAGUACAUUACAGAGUUUCUAGACACCGGCUAUGGGGAGUGCCUCCUUGAUGAGCCUGUAGGCAGGACGUACGAGUUGCCCACCCUCCUUCCUGGCCAAAUCUACAAUGCCAACAGGCAGUGUGAACUGAUGUUUGGACCCGGUUCCCAAAUUUGCCCUUACAUGAAACAGUGCAAGAGGCUGUGGUGUACCAGUGCAGAGGGGGACCAUAAAGGAUGUCGCACACAGCACAUGCCAUUGGCUGAUGGAACUGACUGUGGACAUGGAAUGUACUGCAGACACGGGAUGUGUGUAAACAAGGAGUUGGACCUGCAGCCAGUCCAUGGGGAGUGGGGUCCCUGGGGGCCCUACAGUGUUUGUUCCAGGUCCUGUGGUGGAGGAACUCGGAGCACUGCCAGAGACUGCAACAAGCCUGAGCCCAGAAAUGGCGGGAAGUUCUGUGUGGGUCGCAGGAUGAAGUUUCGUUCUUGCAACACUGAGCCAUGUCCGCGAGGACGGAAAGAUUUCCGCGAAGAGCAGUGCUCUCAAUUUGACGGGAAGCACUUCAACAUCAAUGGUCUACCUCCCAGCGUCCGCUGGGUCCCCAAGUACAGUGGCAUACUGAUGAAGGAUCGCUGUAAGCUCUUCUGCCGGGUUGCUGGGACUACGGCAUAUUAUCAGCUCAAGGACCGCGUCAUUGAUGGCACGCCGUGCGGGCCAGAUACUUACGACAUCUGUGUUCAAGGCCUCUGCAGGCAAGCAGGCUGCGACCACGCUCUCAACUCAAAGGCCAGGAAUGACAAGUGCGGAGUGUGUGGUGGGGACAACUCGUCGUGUAAAACCCUGGCAGGGACCUUCAACGAUGCUCAGUAUGGUUACAACACAGUGGUGAGGAUCCCAGCUGGAGCCACCAACAUUGAUAUCAAACAGGUCAGCUACUCUGGAAAGCCAGAGGAUGACAACUACCUCGCAUUAUCUGACAGCCAGUCCAACUCCCUUCUGAAUGGGAACUUUGUGGUGGCCAUGUUCAAAAGGGAAAUCGCCUUCAAGGGAACUGUUAUCGACUACAGUGGCUCAGACACAAAAGUGGAGCGCAUCAACUGCACUGACCGCAUCGAGGAGGAGCUUAUUCUGCAGGUCUUGUGUGUGGGAAACCUCUACAACCCAGAUGUCCGUUACUCCUUUAACAUACCCAUCGAGCAACACAGGGAGCAGUUUGUGUGGGAUCCUUCUGGCUCCUGGCUCGAGUGCAACCGCAUCUGUCAGGGUGAGCGAAGGCGCAAGGUGGUGUGUGUGCGUAAGAGUGAUCACCUCGAGGUAUCGGACCAACGCUGUGAACAUUUGCCUCGUCCUGUUUCCGUUGCUGAGCCGUGCAACACUGACUGUGAAGUCAGGUGGCAUAUUGCUGGAAAGAGCGAAUGUUCUGCUAAAUGUGGCCCAGGCUACCGCAGCUUGGAUAUUCAAUGCAUGAAGUACAGCCUGAUGAAGAGACAGAGUGGGAGGAUGGAGGCCAGCACCUGUGGAGAUGCCGCCAAACCUCAGACCAGAGAGCCCUGCCAUGGGGAUUGUCUGCUUAAGAGCUGGCAGUACAGCGCAUGGUCACAGUGCUCUAAGACAUGUGGACGUGGGAGCCGAAGCAGAGAGUCUUACUGUAUGAACAACCUGGGUAGACGACUGGUGGACCGGGAGUGCAACGAACACCAAAGGGUGGUCACUGAAACCUGCAGCGACCAGCCGUGUCCGAAGUGGACUGUUAGCGAGUGGAGUGAGUGCCUGGUAACUUGUGGGAAGGGGAUGAGGCACAGACAAGUGUCCUGCAACUUGGGAGCUGGGGAGGAAAAGCUGAGUGAGCACUUAUGUGACCCAUCCAGCAAACCGCCUGCUGUGGGGAACUGUGAGCUGCCUGAGUGUGCGUCCUGGCAGGUUGGCGUCUGGGGAGCGUGUGCAGUGACCUGUGGCCAUGGCUACCAGAUGAGAGCUGUUAGGUGUGUGUCGGGGAACUACGGUGACACAGUAGACGACAGAGAGUGCAAUGCUGCUUCAAGGCCUAGAGACAGUCAGGACUGUGAGAUGCCGGCGUGUCCCUGGGCUUCUCCGGUACAAAGCACACCUCGUCCUGACAACUCUGCUCAGCUCCAGACUCAGUGGAGAUAUGGCUCCUGGACUGCUUGCUCGGUGUCCUGUGGCAAGGGGAAGCGGGCGCGUUAUGUCAGCUGCAGAGAUGCCCAGGGAGGGGUUGCUGACGAGUCACUUUGCACCCUCCUGCCCCGGCCCCCCGAGUCCUCCGAUUGCUUCAGCCCCUGUGGCCAAUGGCGUGCUGGGGAGUGGUCUCCUUGUUCAGUAACUUGUGGUGUUGGAAGAACCACCAGGCAGGUGGUCUGCUCUAACUACCACCAGCCAGUGGAACAGUCUUUCUGCGACCCGGAUGAGAAACCCGCAACAGAACAGGAGUGUACCACUGCACCUUGUUCUUCUAUCAACCACCGUCAGCGUAUCAAUGAUCAGCCCUACGGACAUCCCCAAGACCCAGGACGCCAUCCUGGGCACAGCAGCUGGAAUGUACCCUCUGCAGACAACCAGUGGAGGACCGGACCCUGGGGCGCAUGCUCCAGUACUUGUGCCGGAGGCUUCCAGAGGCGAGUGGUGGUCUGUCAGGAUGCUGAUGGACACAGCAACAGUUACUGCGAUGAGAGGGUCAAACCUGCCGAGUCCAAGAGUUGCGACUCUGGGCCCUGUCCUCUGUGGAACUACGGUGUCUGGGGAGAGUGCACCCAGACCUGCGGUGGAGGAAGGAGGACUCGCCUGGUGGUUUGUCAAAGGCCUAACGGCCAGAGGCUAAACAACUACAACUGCGACAUCCUGGACAAGCCGCCCGACAUGGAGCAAUGCAACCUGCAGCCCUGCCCAGGCUCUGCCACCUGGCACCGCCGACCAUGGAAGCCGUGUUCAGUGAGUUGCGGUCGGGGGACCAAGCAGCGGGAGAUAGCCUGUGUUCAUCAGAACCAAACCAAAAUAGAGGAGGAACACUGCGGUCAUUUGCCUCGGCCACGGAUGCAGAAGGCCUGUCGCUUACGGGGAUGUCCCAGUUGGAAGGCUAACAAGUGGAAGGAGUGUUCUGUCACCUGUGGAUUUGGAGUUCAGAACCGAGAUGUUUACUGCAGACUAAAAGGCAGCAGACGAGUCAGAGAGGAUCUAUGUGAUGCGCACCAGCGUCCUGCCAUUGUCCAGCCAUGCCAAACUGCAGAAUGCACACAUUACACUUGGGUCACUGGUGAGUGGGAAGAGUGCAAUGCAACCUGUGGAGAAGGCGUAAGAAGCAGGAAGGUGGAGUGCAUGGGCCCAGGGAUGACACCCGUCCAGGAAGAUUACUGUGAGACAUCGUCCCAGCCACUAGCACACGAGCCCUGCAAAGAAUCUCCCUGCCACUUCAUGUGGAUUACAGGGGAAUGGUCACAGUGCUCUGCCAGCUGCAAUGUGGGCUACCAGCAGCGUAUAGUCUCCUGCUCCGUGAUGCCCUCCUCUCAGGCUCUGCGCCUGUAUGCUGCUGCCCAGUCCUCUCCUGCCAGCACCCACUGCCCUGAGCCCCACCCUCCUGGCUCUCGUCCUUGCCUCCUCAGAGACUGCCCACACACAACCUACUGGAAAGUUGGCCCAUGGAGCAAGUGCUCACAGACUUGCGGGGCAGGAGUGAUGGAGCGCAGAGUGGAGUGUGUGACCUCCAAUGGCCAACCGUCCAAACACUGUCGUCCUUUAGAAAGACCUGAGUCUCAAGCUGCAUGUCAAGACAGGGAAUGCCAGUUGUUUGCUUCCUGCCGAGAUGUCCAGAUGAGACUGGGUGUGAAGAUAGAUGGGGAAUACUAUCUCAAAGUCAAGUCCCGGAUCCUACAGAUUUACUGUUCUGAGAUGCAGACGGAUUUCCCCAAGGAGUAUGUGACCUUGCGCAGCGGUCAGACAGACAACUACUCUGAGGUGUAUGGGCACAGGUUGCUCAACCCCUUUGAAUGUCCGUAUAACGGCAGCCGAAGACAGGACUGUGACUGCAGGAAUGACUACUCGGCAGCAGGAUACACCCUCUUCCACAAAGUUCGCCUGGACCUGAGCUCCCUGAGGAUAAUGAUCACAGACCUCCAGUUUUCCCAGACUCUUCUUGGGCGACCAGUACCCUUUGCUACAGCGGGAGAUUGUUAUAGUGCAGCCAAGUGCCCACAGGGCCAGUUCAGCAUUAAUCUGAUUGGCACCGGUCUCAAAGUGGCUGAGGCCACCAAGUGGACAUCACAGGGCAACUAUGUUUCCGUCAAAGUCCACAGAUCUGAGGACGGAACAAGAAUCUACGGCCGCUGUGGUGGUUUCUGUGGGAAGUGCAUUCCCCAGGCUCACAACGGCCUACUUCUUCGAGUCCACUGAGAGCCAUGCAUAGACCAAACCCCUAAAUCUAUCCUGAAGACAGUAGCCCAGGAACAUGCAAUAAUAGUGAUUUGUUGGACCCCGUUGUCGUCUGUGAGUGUGGUGGAGAAGCAUUUAACGGUAAUUAUCAUACAGUAACAUCCCCAGUUAACAAAUGGCAGCUAAAGCAUACAAGACACUAUGUACUGUGCAGUACUACAUGGUCACUCUUGGUCCUUCAUCCAAACUGCUAACUCUAAAGAAGACCCAGCUCUAUUUGCAUCCCAACAGUGUUGCAAUGGACUUUCAAACACUUCUUUGGAACCGAAAAUGCUUUUUUUAUGACACUGUUAUGCAUUUGUUUUAAGCAUCAUGCAAAGGGAUACAAAACUUCAAAACACUGGAAAAGCAACUACACGAGCAGUAGAAAAACCUAAUACUUCAAGGAAGAAAGUUUUAUCUUUCAAAAACACUUUUUCUUGUGGUUAUUCUUGAAGUGAAGUCUGGUAUUUCCAGAAUUACGUCACGAAGUACCUGGAACUAGUCUUGGUAUAUGUGACUUUACACGGUACAUAGAUAUUUAUUAUUACCGCCACACUGUAAGAAUUUAGUUACCAUUUAUCUAAUUGACUUGCUAUCAAUGAGACAGCAUCAAAAUCAAUAUAUUGUAUGUAAUAAUCAUCACACUUCUCUGGUGACAAAGAAGUGCUACAGAGAAACAUUUAAAUAGCAUGCAAGGGAUGGUUGCAUUAUUAUUUUACAAUGUGACAGCCAAUAGGCUGACAUAUAAAAAAGAAGAAAUACAAAAACACUGUAUUUUUUGAGACUACUAAAUGAGCUACAUUGCAGAUCAUCUUGGUCUUAAACAAGAUUAAAGGAAUAGUUGACAUUUUGGUAUUUACUCUUAUUUACUUUUUUGUUAAGAGUUAGAUUAGAAGAUCAAUUCCACUCACAGACAUAAGCGUGGUAUCAAUCUGCUUCGUGGUAUCUUCAUCUUACUUACAUCUUACUACAUCUUACAAGAAAGUGUAUUUCUCAAAAUGUCAAACUAGUCUUUUGGGGCUCAAGACGUAAAGAAAGAGUAAGCUAGCUACUAACUACUGAUAUGACCUGCCUUAUAUCAGAGGUCAAACUUUAAGAAAGCAUGAGGAGCUUUUAGAUUUAAAACAACUUCAGAUAAUUUUUAUUUUUCAUUGUUGUGUAUUUCUAAAGUCUAUCUGCUGUCGCAUGUUGUCGGGUAUUUCACAAAACUUAACUUGCAAAUACAGUCCCCAGACAUAUGAGACAUGGAGAUAGAACAUAUACUAGUGCUGUGAAGGAAUAUUUCAAUAUUUCCUAGUGUUCAAGUACAGUAAAAACAUUUUCUGUGGCUUUUUUUUUUUAAACCAUGAGGAUUCUGUUAUUUUUUAGAAGUGUUUUUCUUUAAUCACGCCACACAGACAAGUUCUCAUCUUUUACACUGUGACACAGAAUCAAGUGUGAUGUCUCACCUCACACCCUCCAUUGGGCCUACUGUAGGUACCUGCAAACCCUACCUCUCACAAUCAUCCAUGCUCUACCGAGAUAUGUGUUGUAAUAUAUUUAUGUUUGACCAUAUUUAUUCUGUAAUGACUGUAGAUAUUUUCUAUGUUUUAAGUACAAUGACCACUACCAACAGUGAAGCCAUUGUCUAAUGUUUUUGUCCUACUGUAUGUCUGCUUUGCUAAAAAGAAGAAGAAGAAGAAGAAGGUAUUAGCCUACUAUUAUUUGUAGUGUGUAACCACUAACCUUAAAUGAGGAUAUUUUAAAUGGUGCUUUUGAACUACUGGAAUUACCUCUGAUCUUGAGACGUUAAACACUGGCUUUUGGCUCUUUGGCAGAUGUAGUAUCUGCCUAUAAUGCACGUAAUGGUCCUCUCAUUAAUGUAGCUGAAAAUCUAGCAAGGUUGCCAGAUAUAUUGUAUCAGAAAAACCACUGCAUGAGUAAAUCUGCCCUUGAGUAGUACUUAACCCAUAAUAAAUUACUUCUACCAUGACCACUACUACAGCUAUCAGGCCACCUAACAUGCUGGUACUUGGAUGUUAAGCUUUAACCAAAGUAAGUAGAUAGAUGCAGAUUUUUUUUUCUCUCACAGACAAUGCAGCUUUCUUUUGAUUAAAAGAAUGACUGUAAGAUAAAUAAAUAAAUAAAAUCAAUGAGCAGCUAGAAAACCUUUGGCCAUCAUUCAUUUUUAUGAUGGGCAAUUGUUCUAUGAGGUCUGUAUCAGAAAGUUUAAGAAUACUUGAUGCACUAUGUGCCAUUCAUUUUGCAGAAAUGUAAUCCUGUUGUUGUUUUCAUUUUGUAAUAACCAUUAAGAUGUGUAACUUAUGACAUAUGUGUAUUUUUAAUAUUCAUACUUGAAUUGUAAACAGUGUGCUAAAAAUUGAAUGGGCAUUGGUACAGAAUAAAGAAACAGUGUGCUUGUUUGCCAUGCUUUAUCCAAAGACGUUUUUUAAGAAUCAUAUAUACCUACAGUAUCUAUGUAGCCUGUAUAAAAGAAAUGAAUGAUUGAUUCUGGUGCUAUGCUUACUAAUUGUAUCCAUACUGUAUGACCUGCUACUAUACUAACGCUGUUAAAAAUAAGUAAUAAUAAAAAAAUGCUUUUGAGCUGAA